GAGGAGGAGGAAGAAGAAGAAGAAGGAGACGGAGAAGACGACGACGAAACCGACGAAACGAAGCUCGAGCAGGAGGCCUUUCACGGCAACCAGCAACAGCAACAGCAACACGAACAACCAAAACGUGAGGGGAGAAGAAGGAAAAGGAAGAGACCGUUCGUAAGCAGGCCGAUAACGAGAGAUCGGUCACGUUUGGCCGGCGUGUCGGCGUGAUUUGAUGCUAAGUGAAAACUCAACACUGGCGGACGGGGAACGUAAUGGGAGCGCCGUGGUCACGGGCCCGGUGCUGUCGUCGUCGUCGUCGUGUAUGGUGCCCUACAUCGGCACCGACCAGGGUUUCGUGUUCGAGGGUGGCGGCACGACGACGUUGCAGCGGGCUGGUGCAGCCGGCGCGUCGCUCGCUAGCUGCACCGGUAGCGGAGGAGGAACAUCCCUCGGAGGGAUCGGUAUCGCCGGGUCAGUUGGCAGCGGUGGAGUGAACGUGGUAAUAGGGUCAGGGGUUAGUAUGGGCGGAGGAGUGACUGGAGGAGGGAUCACCAUUGUCGGAGGGAAAGCCAUCGGAGCAGCUGGAGGAUUAGGAGGAGGUGGAGGAGGAUCAGGAGCAGGAAUAGGAAUAGGAGGAGGAGGAGGAGGUGGUAGCGGAGUUGUUGGAACGAACAAGGAGGUUCGGUACGCUCCGUUCUCGUCGUCGGUAGGACCGACCGGUUCGGUGGCGCCGGUGAACCUGCCACCGCCGCCUCUGCCACCGCCUCCGCCACCGCCGCCGCCGCCGCCGCCGCCACCGCCGCCGCCCCUGCCGCUGCAGAUGCAGCAGCAACGCGCCUACUCGAGGUCGAUGACGUCCCUACCGCCCGAGCCGUUUAUGAUCAUGAGGUCGAAGGCCCUUAAUCGGCGGGUCUCGAUCAACGUCGGUGGCGUUAAGCACGAGGUCCUCUGGCGUACCCUCGAGAGGCUCCCCCACACGCGUCUGGGCCGAUUGAAGGACUGCAACACCCACGAGGCAAUCACCGAACUCUGCGACGAUUACUCUCUAAUCGACAACGAGUACUUCUUCGAUCGUCAUCCGAAGUCGUUCAGCUCGAUCCUGAAUUUCUAUCGUACCGGCAAGCUCCACCUUGUCGACGAGAUGUGCGUGCUGGCGUUCAGCGACGACCUCGAGUACUGGGGAGUCGACGAGCUGUAUCUGGAGAGUUGUUGCCAGCACAAGUAUCACCAGCGGAAGGAGCACGUGCACGAGGAGAUGCGGAAGGAGGCCGAGUCGCUGAGGCAGAGGGAGGAGGAGGAAUUUGGCGAGGGACAGUGCGCGCAGUAUCAGAAGUGGUUGUGGGAUCUGUUGGAGAAACCGACUACGUCCAUCGCUGCAAGGGUGAUAGCUGUGAUAUCAAUACUCUUUAUUGUGCUUUCGACGAUCGCACUAACUCUCAACACCAUUCCUAGUAUGCAAGUGAAUGAUGAGAAGGGGAACUUUCAAGACAAUCCGCAGCUAGCCAUGGUGGAGGCUGUGUGCAUCACGUGGUUCACCCUCGAGUACAUGCUUAGGUUCAGCGCGUCGCCGGACAAGUGGAAGUUCUUCAAGGGCGGUCUGAAUGUGAUCGACCUGUUGGCAAUACUGCCGUACUACGUAUCUCUGUUCCUUGUCGAGACGAACAAGAACGCGACCGACCAGUUCCAGGACGUGCGCAGGGUAGUGCAAAUCUUUCGUAUAAUGCGGAUCCUGAGGAUCCUGAAGCUGGCCCGCCACUCGACCGGGCUGCAGAGCCUCGGCUUCACCUUGCGCAACUCGUACAAGGAGCUGGGCCUGCUGAUGCUCUUCCUGGCGAUGGGCGUCCUCAUAUUCUCGAGCCUCGCCUACUUCGCCGAGAAGGAGGAGCCCGGGACCAAAUUCGUAAGCAUUCCAGAAACCUUUUGGUGGGCGGGCAUCACGAUGACCACCGUCGGAUACGGCGACAUCUACCCCACGACCCCGCUCGGCAAGGUGAUCGGCAGUGUGUGUUGUAUAUGUGGUGUCCUGGUAAUCGCGUUGCCCAUUCCCAUUAUCGUUAACAAUUUCGCCGAGUUCUACAAGAACCAGAUGAGGCGCGAGAAAGCGUUGAAGAGACGCGAGGCGUUGGAGAGGGCCAAGAGGGAGGGCAGCAUCGUGUCGUUCCAUCACAUCAAUCUGAGGGACGCGUUCGCCAAGAGCAUGGAUCUCAUCGAUGUCAUCGUCGAUACUGGUCACGAUAUGUCCGGCGUGGAUGGUAACAGCAAGGAGGGGGAAUCCGUGUACGGACGCAGUCCUGCCCAGACCAGGUCAGGCUGUUAUCCUAGCUAUGAGCAUUACGGUCCCUCGUGGCGUCGUUGCGGUGCCUCGUUUUCCUGCUGCUUCCUCGGGUCUACCUUGGGGGCCGAUUUCACACGGGGAUAACACGUAUCGUGGCACGCGUAUGAUGGAAGUGUGUACAUCAGCGGAUGCAAUUCUC